GGGGCCUGAGGUGGAGUUCCCUAUUGGGCUAAGGCUUUUCAAUGCAGUGGAGGUGGUGAUCGGGCUUCUGAUGGCAAUGGUCGUCUUCAGCGGCCACAUGCUGCAGGUUCCCGUCGAGAGGCCAGUUUUGAGUCCCAGAGGGUCGAGCUCAAGCAACAGUUGCAGAUGUUCAUCAGCGGCGGAGGUGCGCCCAAGACGAAACCCAGUGGAGGUGAAGGCCAGGGUCAGUCUCCAAGACCUGGUGGCACAGCUGGACAGGCCAGCGGGGACGAAUCACCCUUGCAGUUCAAGGCGAAUGGGUUGGAGCCGGUCAUCAGGGCGUUCAAAGGCCACGCGGCUGCGGAGGCCAGGUCGCUGCUGGAGGUCAAGCUCAAAGCAGUGCGAGCACCAACCGAGAGCAAGAAGGCAGGCAUCACCCGGCGCGCCAACGGGCGGCACCGCCUGGCUAGAGCGGUUCAGAAGUAUGAGCACAUAUCUGAGGAGCUCACGGAGCACAACAAGAUGUUGGAGGAGAGGAUGUGAUCUGGGCUCAGGUCGUGUUCGCCCUGCCGUAACUCGGCCGCAGCGACGGAUCUCUCGGGGAGCACGCCGCGAUGUUGCUCACAACGCGAUGGGGGUCUGGGAUGUGGUGCUCCGAAUUUCGCCGUUCCGGCCGCCUCCGCGGGGAUGUCCUCCCGCCUCCUGCAGGGACGGCCGCCGCCGCCGCCGAGGCCGCCGCCCGCGUGCCUGCUGGAUGCGCCUGCAGUCUCCUGCUCGGUCUCCGUG